CACGUCGUUCUUUGCAAACAACCACACGCGACUAGUACUCAAGCUUCAAGCUACGGCAGAAGAGUCGAUUAUCUUGAGUGUUUCGGUCUUUUACAUCAUGUGACCGUCAUGAUGUUUCUGGAUCUUGUGACGUUUCAUGCACCACAUCAUAACAAAGAUCGGAAGAUUCAACGAUUAUCUUCCUCCUAUCACUAUUUGGUCUGUUUGACAUCGGGUUAUCUUCUAACAUGCCACUAGUACUCUAGAGUAGAGUGGAGGCACCCAUCAUUGUAUCGAGGUCUGGAAAGGCUUAUCUUAAAACGCCUGCGAGCAGUCUUCCCCGGGCAAUAAUAGCCUGUCAUUGGGGUCAUGUGGUUUGUUAUAUGUUCUUCGUAUAUAUAGCGCCGCACUGCAGUUCUCACCCUGAACGACUCCCUGUCAAUACCAUCUGGCCUUUCAGCGAUAACCCGCAUCUAUGACUAGAAAAAUUUUCGUUGGAUUCGGCGUAGAUGUUGACGCUGUGGCUGGCUGGCUUGGGUCCUAUGGAGGAGAAGAUUCGCCAUUGGACAUCUCUCGGGGAAUGUACGCGGGAGAAGUUGGAGUGCCUCGCCUUCUAAAGCUGUUUGAUAAGUACAAGAUCAAAACAACCUGGUUCAUUCCUGGUCAUAGCUUGGAGACAUUUCCGAAGCAGAUGGAGGCAGUUCGAGAUGCCGGUCAUGAAAUAGGUCUUCAUGGAUACUCCCAUGAGAAUCCUGUUACUAUGACUCUGGAACAACAGCGAGACAUUUUGGACCACACCUUCAAGCUUCUUACGGAUUUCAAUCAUGGUGUUCCUCCGAAGGGCAGCGUCGCCCCUUGGUGGGAAACCAGUAAGGAGGGAACGGCGUUGUUACUGGAAAAGGGCAUUGAAUAUGACCACUCCAAUAUGUGCCACGAUUCGCAAAUGUAUUAUCUUCGUGACGAAGAUACAUGGACAAAUAUUGAUUAUCAGGCGAAAGCUCACACGUGGAUGAAGCCGCUGCAAAGGGGCAAAGAAACUGGGGUCGUUGAGAUUCCGGCUAACUGGUACCUUGACGAUCUUCCCCCCAUGAUGUUCAUUAAAUCAAGCUCAAACUCUCAUGGCUGGGUCAGCGCCCAAGCUGUCGAACAGCUUUGGAAAGAUACAUUCACUUACCUGUAUAGAGAAGAGAAGGAUUUUGUAUUUCCCAUUAGCAUCCACCCGGACGUUAGCGGUCGUCCACACGUACUUCUGAUGCUGGUAUAUUUCACUCGACCUCCUCCUUGUUCUCCAACUCAUCGGCGGUCACAGGAGAGUUUUAUUGAAUGGAUCAAUACUCACGAUGACGUCCAGUGGCUAACCUUCUAUGAAAUGGCUCAAGAUUUCAGAGCCACAAAUGACCCAGCACCGGGUGCCAUCAUGCCCAAAGGCUUCGAGAAGGCCUAAGCUUGUCUUUACAAUGUAGUGCGUUUCAUACAACAUAU